AUGGCGGGAUUUGAUCCGAAGAUGAAGGAUGAAGAAAACAGAGACAAGAGAGAGAAUGAGAAAACAGAGGAUCAAAGCAAUUGUGAUUAUAUCGAAGGCUGUAUCAACCACAGGUGUAUGAUGAGAGGAGGAAUAAUUGUUUGUUAUAAAUCUCAUAAUGGUUUUGGUAGGUCGGAUUGUGUUGGAGCAUUGGAUGAGACUCAUAUAAAUGCAGUUGUAAGCGACGAUGAUGGUGUGGCACAUCGAGGGCGUAAAGGAAAAAAAACAUGGAAUGUUUUGGCUGCUUGUUCCUUUGAUAGGCUUUUCACGUUUAUCAACGUUGGAUUUGAAGGUAGUGCUCAUGAUAUUACUGUAUGGAACCAUUGCUUAACUGUACCAGAAUUUCGGUUUCCCCAUCCACCUCCAGGAAAAUAUUAUCUAGUAGAUUCUGGAUAUCCGAAUACCGUUGGAUAUUUGAGUCCAAUAAAAGAAAAAGAUAUUAGAACCCAUUUGCCUGAAUUUCGAAAUGGUCCACCGCCACAAGGCAUGCUUGAACUUUUUAAUUAUCUUCACUCUUCACUUCGAACAACGAUCGAGAGAUGUUUUGGACAAUUAAAAGGUCGAUGGAAAAUAUUGACAAUGAUGCCACAAAUGGACACUAAACAUCAAUUGGCAAUUAUGGUUGCUACAUUCACACUUCACAAUUUUAUUCGAUUACAUGAGUUGGAUAUACCCAUUGAUAGUGGUAUAGAAAUCGAACCAAGAGCAGAUUAUGAUUUGUUUAACGAGAAUCGUAAAGCUGUAAUGAAAGAAGUACAACUUAAUAUAGCAAAGGAAAUUUGGAACGUCUUGUAA